AUGCCCUUGAAGAUCUUGCUGUCAAAGUCUGGCCCAGGCCCUACCCGCCGUCGACACAGUAGCAUUGUUGAAGAUACCCCCCGACCUUCAGAUCUCACCCUAUCACUCGCCCGCAGCCGCGCCGACUCGAUGAAAAGACCACGAUUGGGCCUGUCCCGCACGAAUGAGGGGACCUGCCCUUCCGUCCUGACUCAUGAGCCGGAAGAAAUACAAUCUCGCAGGAGUUCCUCUCAUGGCGAUGCCUAUACUGAGACCCCCGAACAGUCCAAAAGUGCGAGCACUCCAGCCGCAAUGUACGCAGACAAGAGUGAGCCGCGAAACCUGAAGUUAGCAGAUGAGGACCCCGCAGAUCUGCCUUUACCGAGACCUCAGAGGUUUUCAUUGUUGGGUUUCAGGUAUGCGUCAGAUCCGCAGUUGUCGACCCGGUUUAAGAAAGAUGAAAUUUCGCCGCUGAAAGAGGUCACUCCCCCUAAAAUCAUCACCACUGCGCCCACCAGUCAAGAAUUCGAAGAGUCCGCUCAGAAACCCUCGAAGAGAAAACUAUUUACCCGGGCCCCGAGUCCCUUUCGAAAGACACCCCUUAUCCGACACGCUCCUCCAGAACCUUCUCCAUCAUUGACUGCUGAGCAUCCCCUAGGACAGAAUGGUCCGUCACAAAACACCUCCUUUGAACGUUUACCUCGGACUAAAUCUGCCCAUGGCGCAAUGGCACCACCUGCAUAUGGCGACGAAUCCUCCUCAUCGCUGGCUAUACCUGUGACACGCCUGUCGGACUCCUCCCGCUCCGACGAUAGUUCUGGUGACCACCAUGUGUACGCGAAAACGACCACAACGCACACGAUUUCCACCACGACCACUUUCUUCAAACUUAAGAGGCGCAAGAAGAGCAAGGGACCACUAUUUCCGUUGCCUGAGAAAUUUGCGACCCCAACGUCAGGUCAAACGAGCCCAUCUCACACGCCCCAGGAGUCCACUGGUGGGAGGAAGUCCAUGUCACCAAGCAGGAGAUCUAAUACGGCGGUAAGAUUCGACGCGGAGCCUAGUAGGCAGGGUUCUGCAGCUCCUUCGCCUACUCAUUCAGCAGCCGCCCUGACCAAUGCACCGUUCGGAUCUCCUGGCCCAACGAUCGUGCGUCAAGACUCGUCUUGGUCCACACAUUCAGGCCAGUCGACACCCUCGAUGACCUUGGUUCCUCCUCGCACCGGGGGAAGAGGAAGAUCUUCGACAAUGAGUUCACUUGGCAAAUCGGCCGAGAAAUUCCUUGACGCCGUGCCUCAGCCAGGAUCGGCAAGAACGUCGACUUCCACAAGCGGAAGAAGAAGUUUUGGUGAUCUCUUAACACUCCCUCAUCGACUUCGUCAGAAUUCUGUGCCUCCGGCGCGGCAUGGGGCUGCCUCGAGUCCUGGCACACCUGGCUCAAAAUCCAACUCCUUGCAAAUACCACGCGAACCGGAGCCAGAACGGGUCUACCCUCAGCGGGAAGAUGGUGACACGCCGGCAACUUACCUGGAAAAGCUUGAUGCUGCCAUUCCGAGAAGCGCCAUGGCAACAAUCCUUUGCAAAAGUGCUGACGACUUCUCCAAGACAUGUCUGCGCAAGUAUAUGAGAGGAUUUUCAUACUUUGGAGAUUCUAUUGACAUGGCAAUCCGGAAAAUGCUCAUGGAGGUGGAAUUACCCAAGGAGACUCAGCAAAUCGAUCGACUACUGGCCGGUUUUGCUGACAGAUACUAUGAAUGUAACCCUGGGGUCUUUGCCUCGACCGAUGAAACGGCUUUCGUGGCAUUUUCCAUCCUGCUCCUGCACUCCGACACACAUAACAAGAAUAACAAGAGAAAGAUGCAGAGGCAUGAUUACAUCAAGAAUACGCAGCAAGGCCCUGUGCAGAUCUCAAGCGAUAUUUUAGACUGCUUCUACGACAAUGUGUGCUAUACUCCUUUCAUUCAUUUCGAAGAUGAGGUGGCUAUCAACAGCCACCGCCUCGCAGCUCCCAAAGUGAAGAAGAGUCUGAUCAAAACCAAAAGCAUUGAAAGCCUCCGUGGCCCCGUGGACCCAUAUACUUUGAUCUUGGACAAUAAGCUGGACGUCCUGCGACCCUCUCUCAGAGAUGUAAUGGAUACGGAGGAUUGCUACAGCUCAACGGGAACAUCCGGUCCACUCGAGACCAAAGAGGUUCAUGGGGCUUUUCUCAACUCGGCUGUGUUGCAAAUCGUGUCCGCGAGGUCGAGGCCGGAUGCCUUCUUGUCGCAGGCCACCAUUAGCAAUCCCGGUGACGCCCAAGCCGGUCUCGUUAGUAUCAAGAUCGCGAAGGUCGGAUUAUUAUGGCGAAAAGACCCCAAGAAAAAGAAAGCCCGGCCAUGGCAAGAAUGGGGUGCUAUCUUAACUGACUCAAAGUUGUACUUCUUUAAGGAUGUCGGAUGGGUCAAAAAGUUGAUCUCACAAUACGAUUCUUUUUCGAAGUCUACCAACAACGCCGGCCAUCUGAUCUUCAAACCGCCGUUGUCCUCUUUCGAACCCGAUGCUCUGAUGUCUAUGGAUGACGCGGUGGCACUCAUGGAUUCAAGCUACAAGAAACACAAAAAUGCUUUCGUCUUCAUCAAGCAUGGCGGGUUUGAGGAGAUCUUUCUUGCCAACAGCGAGUCGGAAAUGAAUGACUGGAUCGCCAAGUUGAAUUACGCGGCCACUUUUCGAACGGUUGGCGUCCGAAUGCGCGGGCUUAUUGGGACGAACUAUGAAGGACGACAUCUGCUCCAAAAGGAUGCCGAUUUUUCAACCACCAGUGCCGAGACUCCGCAGAGAGACAAGAAGAUGGACCCCCAAAUGGCUUGGGAGAUCAUGUUUUAUCGACGGCAACUGAUCAACGAGAAGAUUUCUGACUUCGAUGAAAAGAUUGCGGUGGCCCAAAAGGAACUUGACAACCUGCUCCGAAAUGCUCGACAUUUGCUCAUCUUGUUGCCAAUUCAGCCAAAGACUCGAGAAAUGUUGGUUCUGGCUGCAGGUCGUAUGUCGGCGAAACUCAAAUGGACCAGGGUCGAGCUUUGGAGGACGAGAACGCAUCGAGAUAUCUUGGCCAAAGAUCUAGAACAGGAGGGAACCACGGCAUUUCCGGCUCCUCGGACUCCUUCGAAGACCGGUCAACCGAGUUUGGGACGCACCGCUACUGAUUCAAGCCAUUUAACGCUGUCACCUAUAAGCGCCACCUCGUCCAGACCGUCCAACUUGAUAGAAAAACUCAAGACCUCGGAGAAUGCCAGCACGCGAACCGAGCCCAGCAUGCUCGAUCUUCCUUCCACGGCCAGUCCAUCUUUAUCUGGAGACCAAACACUCACCAGAAAUGAAAGCAAUCAAGAUUCGCAUUCCCUAGUUCAUCAAGCAUCCAUUGCCAGUUCUCAUCAAAGUCGCGAUAAAGAACGACUUGCGAGAAGCACUGAUGAUGCUGAAGAGCAGGCAUUGCGUGAAGCAGGCUUGGUUGACAUCGACGGCACUGUUCCGAAGGAUAAGCGACCUGAUACAAGUGAAUCGGAACGAGAUCGACUGGGGGCAAUAUCAGGAGCAAUUGACACGUCAAAGACUGGAAGUGUUCGCCGAAGUCUUCAGCGGAGCUUGCGUGAAGGACAUUUGCGAGAUGGAUAUAGUCACCACUCCCCCAGUAUCCAUCGACACAAAAAGGGUCGAGAGUCAGGCUCGAGUGUUGCCGCAACCGAGGAUGGAGGUAGAUCUAUCCACAGCGACGCGGACGAAUUGAAGAGAGGUACAGGAAGUUUUAUUUUGCACGGCAAAAAGGCCAGUGUCAUCACGAUGUCGUCAGAGUGGCAGAGCAUGUCGAACGAAGAGAGAUUGAGAUCGAGGAAGGUGACGCCAGACGAAAACACGACGGAAAAAUUUCCGGCUCUUCCGGACGAUACCGACCCGAUCGAAACGGCGAGUAAUGUUUCGAGGCAUAGCAUUGAACGUUAUGGAUCGUUGAAUUCGAGCCGUCGGCAAAGUAUGGCGACUACGGCAGGAGAACACUUUGUGGAUGCGGAGACGGGAGAUGAUCGAGAGGCCGUUGGUGAAGAAAAUUCCAAAAGCAAUGAAUGA